AUGGCGGCAUGUAUGCCAGCAGCUUUGGCGACCGUGCUAGGUCCCUCUCGUCAAUCAUGGGGAUGGGUGCCACCGAUGACAACCCCGGUAGUUCCGGAGCACACCCCUCGCUACCACACGAUCUCAAUCCCAGUCUCUUGGCCUCACAACACUCACAACAUUCCUCCACCACCUGGCCUAGAGAUUCCAGAAGUGCCUGAGCCCACUACUGCCAACCUGCGAUUUGGCAUCGGCAGUUUCGGGCACCCGCACUUUUGCACCAGACCGUGCGUGCACAUCUCCAGGGGUGGAGUGUGCCCAUCGGGAAUGGUAUGCAGUUACUGCCAUUUCCCGCACCGUAAGAUGUCGAAGCCAGACUGUCGGCUACGACAGCGUCUCCUUGACGCAAGCGACCAGGAGCUUCUCGCCACCUUCCUGCCCUUCAUCUUCAAGAAGGCAGCGAUGGAAGGCCUCACGCCGCGCGUCGACCACUUGCUCCAGCUCCUCAUUGCGGAAAUGCACGACACCCAAUCUGAGGCCAUUGCCCUGGGAAGGUUUCGGCCAAUGAGGAUGUCUUUCAUGCAUCUGGUUGAGAGCAGCAUGCGCCGGCUACCUCCGCAAAUCCGAGCCGAAGUGAAUCGUAUCAAGUCGGAGCUCCCUCCUCCUGUUGUUACGCAUGGCGGAACGGGACCAUCUCUCGUGCUGUAG